AACGAUAAAUAAAGCGUUAAAAUUUUCUAAAAGCGUGUCUUUUAUCGUUCUUGAGUUCCGUAUAUGUAAUGUCAUUAAAAGUUAGAUCUGUUCUGCUGAAGUGUGUACGUUUUGGCCCUAAGUAAUCUCUGUCUUACUUUUUAAAACAACUUUUAAGAAAUACGACAAAAUUUCGUAUGUUAUAAUUUCAAAACUCAAUGUUUUUUAAGUUUUUUUUUUGUAAAAGACGUCGUUUUGUAAUCUUUCAAGUCUGAAGUCUUAUGUUAACAGAGAUGAUGGUAUAAAUGAAUCAAAGGUUAGGUUUCUAGUUUUCAUAGUUUAUUCAUUCAUGAAUUCUAAUUGUUGAGUUAUAGAAAAAUUUAAAGUUUAGAAUUUUGAAGUUGUAAUUGUCUAUUUUUAUAUAUUUAGGAACAAUGGAUUGUCUAAAGAAGAUUCUUAAACACGAAGGUAUCUUGGCUCUGUACAAUGGUUUGGAAGCUACAAUGAUGAGAAAUAUGACUUGGAAUGCGGGUUAUUUCGGUGUUAUCUUUCAGGUUAAAACUCGACUACCGGAAAAACCUGAGUUGCUCAAUAGCUUCAUUGCUGGAGCUAUUGGAGGUUGUGUAGGAACUACAUUAAACACUCCAUUUGAUGUUGUCAAAAGUCGAAUUCAAAAUUCUCCUCGGACUAGUUUACCGUCUAAAUACAAUUGGUCUAUUCCGUCAUUGUUUAUCGUGGCUAGAGAAGAAGGAUUUUGGGCUCUUUAUAAGGGUUUCGUGCCAAAGAUUCUUCGUCUCGGACCAGGUGGUGGUAUUUUAUUGGUAGUCUAUACUUCCUUAAUGGAAUUUUUUGGAAAAUACAAAUUCUCAUAG